CUGCCCCGCUCCCUGCACUGCUCCAGAGGCGGCCACGGCCGUGGUGGGCCAGACGCUUGGCCCCGGGGCGCGGAGCGGGAUGAGGCCCGAUUCGCGCUGUGAAGAGCGAUCUGCCUUUACCAGUCCCCGCAGCACGUCCCCCACCUGCCCGUGGGUGCACCUGCACCGACACGGGCCCUCCUGGCUGCGCGGAGAUGAUUUCCCUUUCUUAGGCGCAGGCCGACAGAUUCCUCCCAAUGGAUUGCUGCUGACAGAUGCUGAACCCACGCUAAGGACAGAGGACUGGAUUUGACCUGGCAAACCGAAUCGCCAAGUGCUUCGGCUGAUGUUAAAAGGAACAAGACACUCACCUAGCACUGAAGAUAGCAGCCAGCUUUUCUGCGAGACCGCAGCGUACCUGUGCUUACGCAGGCAAGGGGAAGCAUCCAGUCACGCAGAACAGGAGCUGCAGCAAGCAGCUGAUGUUUGCAGCUUACACGAGCGUCUCUGGACAGAGUAGCCAUGUCCUGCACUCUCCUCUUGCUGCUGCUCGCUCUCUCCAAGUCCAGCUUGUUGAAAAGUGAGCCUGAUGUGAAGAGCCCUGUCAUCUUCGCGCUUGAGAAGGCGACUCUCUUCAUGGAGAGUCAGUAUCAGGACAUCAAUUUAGAUGCGGUGUUGGGAUUUCAUAUUUUGCAAGGUUAUUUGAAAGGAAUCCUAGAAAAAUCAUCAUCAGCACAUGAAUCUCUUGCUCAGCAUGCCCAAAUUGAAAGCUUGCUGAGGAAGUUGUCUUCUUUGAUUGAAAGAGCAACACAUUUUCUAGCACAGAAUGAUCCCAAAUAUUUCAAAGAAUUUGAACCAAUUUUAGGACCACAUUUUUGGGUCUUUCCGCAGUCGUGGAACCAAACUGAUUCCUUGCUGUCCUACACUGCAUUUGGUAGUACUAAGUGUCUUACAGAGGAAAUGAGUGACUCGUGCUUGACAUAUUUGCUGGGAACAUGGAAAGAAAGUGGCAAGUCCUGCAUUGUCACAAGCACCUGUAGGAAUAUAAUGACAAAGCCUGGUUGUUCAGAUUACUCCCUGUCCCAUCAGCUUUUUUACUUCAUGUUCGCUGAUAUGAAGGGCUGCUCAGAUCCUGUGUUCCUGAGGGCCCAGUAUUACAAGAACAUUUUCUGUGCUAGCAUGAUGAAAAUAAACCUGGCAAUUGAAAGCAAUGGAUUCAAGUUUUCUUCUCGAGACCUCUUCAUGGAAAAUAUUAUAUUCUGUGGCAUGUCUGGUUUCUCAGACUUCUACAAACUCCGAUGGCUCAAGGCCAUUCUCACUUGGCAGAAGCCUAAGGAAGGAUGCUUUGGAAAGCCUGGUAAAGAUUUUAAACAGACCUCUGCUGGAACAGACCAAAAGCACCUGCUAAGGAGAAUUAAGAGAAGGGAGAUGUUGUUCGCAGAUGGAUGUUCUGCUCAUAACACAGCUGUUGCAGUAGGAGCGCUUGGGGGGUUCCUGUACUAUUACUGCUGAGAAUGUCGGUGCAUUACGGACUGUCAACUGGGAAUGCCACUUCCACACAGAGGUGAUUGAUUGGCUCUUGAAUAAUACCAGUGCUCACUCCAGAGUGAAAUAACUUUACAGCGCAAUCUUCUCCUGCAAUACAAGGAGCAGCUUCACUUUG